AUGGCGGAUGUAGCAAGCGCGUCCCAUGCAAGUGGCGUGAUGCCGCACAUUCCCGUCGGCGAGCCGAUCCCUCCGAAUGUCUCGCAUGCCGUCUCGGUAUCUCUGCCGAAGUGGCAAGAUAUCGUCGACUAUGAAGAAGGUCGUCUUACCAACACGAUGCAGACAGGCUACCCGCGCUUCUUUAUCCAUCACUCGAUUCAGAAACUCUCACGCAUUCUGCUGGACAAAUUUGCCAAGCCGAACGAAGACUGUAUUCUCUUCGUCACUCCGCAGCAUGCUUCGCAGUGCCGCGACUUUAUGCAUGCCAUGCACCAGCGUCAGCACCCAGGCAUGCCACCGAUCCCGAUUCGCAUUGUGCGCUUCAGUAUGCUGGCGCACCCGACCCAAGACGAUCACAAGGUAAGCAUGCCGAAUCCGGACGACACAGCGAUCCGUCUGUAUAUCGUGCUGUUCGAUCGCGAGCACUUUCCGCUCGCCAAGCAAUUCUGGCAGCACACGGGUCUCGGCAUCUCGAGUCGUGUGGCUGAUCACUGCAUGCGCAUCAUCGCUCACAAUGCAUCGCUGCUGACGCCUGCUGGAUCGCAGCAUGAGCCGCGCCAUCAUGCAUCACUCACGCAGGGCGUCACGACCCGGGGCGGCGGCUUUGGUCGCCGCCGCUACCAAUCGUCGCGGUCGUUGGAUGCUCUCUACUCUGAACCCAGCCCUCCUUCCUCAUCUUCGAAUGCCGUGGAUACCAAAGACGACGAGGAAGGACUCACGCACGAGCACAGCGUGUUUGUUGAGGAGCGCUUCGGACGCAACUUGCCAUUCGCUCUGGCCAAGGAUGCCAAGGUGGCUUUGCGCCGCCGAAUCGCUGGUACGCUCUUGGGUGCACUGGAGGAUGAGCCCGAGGAGCGCUCCGUGAGUGCGCGCAAGGUGUCAGGCGUGAGCGAACAUGACGUAUUCCUGUUCCCCAGCGGCAUGAGCAGUAUUUACCAUGCCCAUCAAACCCUGAUGCUGCUGCAGUACAUGACGCAAAAAGGCGAGCCCGUGACGAAAGAGGCAUGUGAACAUGCCCUGCGGACCAUGCCCGAUCCGAGCUUCGUAGGCCGGCAUCUACCGGUCGGCAAGUCGGUGUGCUUUGGCUUUCCGUACACCGACACCCUCAAGGUUCUGCAAAAAUGGGGUCCCGGCUGCCACUUUUUCGGGCGCGGCACAGACGACGACUUGACGGCCCUCGAGCAGCUCCUCGAGUCACAGCCCCCCCACGAACCCAAGAUCCAUGCAUUGUUUUGCGAAUUCCCCAGCAAUCCUCUACUGCGCUCUGCCGACUUGCCGCGGAUCCGCCGGCUGGCUGACAAGUAUGACUUUUGCGUCGUCAUCGACGAGACGGUCGGCAACUUUGUGAAUGUGGAAGUCUUGCCAUACGCUGACUUGGUGGUGUCGAGUCUGACGAAGGUGUUUUCGGGCGACUGCAACGUCAUGAGUGGCUCGCUCGUGUUGAACCCGCAGUCCAAGCAUGCCGACGCGCUACGCGCUGUCCUGUCUGCGAACUACCUUGACAUCUUUUGGAUGGAAGAUGCGAUUUUCCUCGAGCGCAACUCUCGCGACUUUGUCGCACGCAUCGCGCGCAUUGACAAGAAUGCCGAGGCUGUGGCCGACUACAUGUACGCACAGAGCCGCGCGGGCGGCCAGGCAGACAGUGUGUUGAUGUGUGCCUAUUAUCCGAAAUACGUGACGCGUGAGCAUUACGAGACCUGUCGCCGCCAUGAGCCGUACGACGAUCGCGUAGGCAGCGCGAGGCAGGGCGGCUUCGGUGGUCUGCUCUCGGUCGAAUUCGUGACACAAGCCGCCGCACGCGCCUUCUAUGAUGCCCUCGAGUGUGCCAAGGGUCCAUCGCUCGGCACGAACUGCACACUGGCCUGCCCCUACACACUCCUGGCCCACUAUGCUGAGCUCGACUGGGCCGCCGAGAUGGAUGUGAGUGAUAAGCUCGUGCGUGUGAGUAUUGGGCUGGAAGACACGGAUGCGCUGCUGCGUGCCUUUUCCGCAGCGCUCGCCGCCGCCGCCGCCCAGGCCUAA